GCGGCGCCGGAGGGUGGGGUAGGCGCCGGAAGUGCUGCGGUUGCCGUGACGACGGCGUCGGCCCCGCGGCGCGGGCGAGCCGGAGCGGGCCGGGACCCCGCGGGCCCCGCCGCCCAUGCCGCGGAAGGCGCUGCUCUGCGUCCUGCAGCUGGACGUCCGCUCGAUAACUUGUCCCGGAGUACUGCUGAAAGACAAAGAGGAACUUUAUCUCAGUGUCUCUGUAUUUGGGCAGCACAAAAAAACUCAGUGUGUCCCAGCAGCGUUUCCACUCUUCUUUCAAGAAAAACUAGUAUUUGAGAAGACAUUUGCUGAUAUAGUUGAUCCUGGAGACCUUGUGGAGUUACUGGAACUUGACACAACACUACUUGAACUAAUACAGCUUGUUCCUCCAGUAGGAAAUGUUCUAGCUACAUAUGAAGAAAAUACAAGAGAUUUCCUGUUUCCUGACCCUAAGCUUACCCAUGGGCACCAUGGUUUUGAUCGUGAGAUUUUAAUGAAGAGGUCCUCUUCUUUUACAGGAAUUGCACCAAAACUGAGAUUUUCUACAAGCUCCCUUAUUACAGAAAGCCUGUUAAGCUCAGGAAGGAGUCACAUACAGGAUGAUUUGAAUUUGGUACAUCACUCAACCCCAAAUGGAAAAUUGCAAACAAAGUUGCCAAAGAAAAAUACUCUUUCACCUGAGAAAAACAGGAACAGCUUAGCAACAAAGAGCUACGAGCAGCCUACAAUAGCUUCUAAAUCACGUUCUCCAUCUCCAUACACAAAAAGACGAAUGUGUGAGCUAUCACAAGACGCCAGGCAACGACUGGCCCAUUUAAAACUUGGUCCUUAUGAAUUCAGAAGAGAUACCGAUAAACCUCCAUUUGUAGUUAGACGGGUUGAACAGCCAAGUCCCGGUGCUAAACUCCAUACCUGUUGUCAUACACGAGAAAGUGCAGCAGAAGCCUGGAACAAGGCAGACCAUGAUUCUUCUCUUCUUGGCAGCUACAGACCCAGGAAAGCCAAAGCAAAAUCUCCUCAUGGAAAAUACUUUGGCAGCUCUGAUGUUUGCAAUGAGGAUGUGAUCUCAAUUCCAGACAACAGACGGUCCCAUUCUGCUGGUUCAUUAGAGCAUUCAGCAUCUCCAGCACUUCAUAAGCAUUCUCUAAGUUCUGUGCUAAAUCGAUCCUCUCUAAGGGAAAGAUUUAGCUCUGGUUGGCCUUUACCAGCAAAUGGAGAGGAGAUCCACAUGAGAGUGAAAAAUAUUUUGAGGACACACAGUGCUAGACAGCGCCUAAUAUUUGAUGAGAGUAACUCAUCUAAAGGAGCCUUGACUAAGACAAGAGAAUCUGCACUUAAAGCACCCUUAUCCAUGAGGCAACAACAGAACGGUUCACCAGUGCUGCAGAACACUACUGUUCAUUUGGAUAAUGGUGAAUAUUGGUCUAAUCGUGCAUCUGUAUACAAAGGGAAGCCUCACAGAGCCAUCUUUGAAGAGAGUCUUGAGAAAAUAUACAGAAACAUGUACCAAAAAGCUGCUGGCACUGCUUCAGACAAAAACCCACACUCCUAAUAACAAUUCACCUGGAAAUGCACAGCAUGUAGUGAGCAAGGGGUGCAAUGAUGUGUGCAACUUGACAGUGGAAAAGGUUGUUGUGGUGUGCCAUGGGGUUGUCAGAGAAAGUAAGUUGGAAGGAAUCUCUGCCUUUUCAGUCCAUGUGCACAGAAUAGCUUAUUAAAUCUACUCUUCCUGAUAUUCAAGCUUCAAAGUCUUUGCUGAAAUGCUGAACUAUGCAACAAAAUUCUUCACCUUUCAGCAGUGGUCACAUAACUGUAUAAAUCUUGUAAUGUAGAAUCUCUGGGUCAUGGGAAGACCUACCAUGAUGUUCAUUUCUUCAGUGGUUAUGGAGUGAUCAUUAUCAGGAUGCUGAGAGUAUCUCAAGAGAUUUGGUUAGUAGUAAAGGAAUUUGGGGGAACUUUCAAAUCAAUGAAACUUAGCUGCUUGAUUCUGGUGAAAGUAAUUGAAGCUGGAAUAUUUCUGUGGAUGAUCUUGACAAGCUACCUCACUGACAAAUGAUGUCUGGUAUAGGUGAGGGUCUCUGGCAGCAGCAGAGAACCAGUCUUUGCCCAAUUCCCUUCGGUUUCAAUGAAUAAACCAGUGUGGUGGGAAGUGACCAAGAACAGGUAGUAUUUCUAUUACUUAGUGAACUACUAAGCACAAGCCCCACUUGUGCAUUGGUUUCUACCGCUUUCUCCAUGGAAUACAAAAUGUCAUCAACCAAAGCCCUUAAAAGAUGAAGCUGUAGCUCUUUUUGUUACCAGUGUUGGCUUGCCAAAGACUUGCAGUUUGUUCCCUGUUUGUCUUGAGUGAGAAAUUCUGUGAAGUGCAGUGAUAAUUUGUCAGGAUGACAACAUAAAGGAACUGUAAUCUUUUUCUUUGCUUGAUCAGUUUGGAGAUUGUGCUCUUUCUUCAUGUGUAUUUCCAUUCAGCUCUGGGUGAUUGCUUCCGACCUAGCAGUCUGAGAAGUGGUGAUCUGAGCCUUCUUCUCAGCCCUUCAGGGAAAGGAGUUUGCUGUUACACAACAACAUCCCUCUUGGUUCAUAAGAAUUGACCGAUCCUGAGAAUACAGCACAAAAACCCUGUCCUGUGAUCAGGCAUUUAUGUAACCCUGCAGAGCUGAUGCCAUUGACAGAGCUUCACACAGAGGUGGGGUGGGAGGCUGAAGGCUUGGAGAGUGGUUUGAGAGUGGCUUCUCGUGGCAUGCCGCGAAUUAUGCAUUUGUAUACCGUGAAUAAUCAGUGUGUAAAAUAACCUGUGAAACUUUGAAGUAACAAAAGCACUAUUUACAUUGCUGAGUGGGGGUGAAUUCUAAUGCUUAUAUUUGUAUUGUUACACUGACUUGAAUUUUUGAGCGGUUAGCUAAUUGUGUUGUUACUAUAGUCGUAUGAACUGGUUCAUUCAGUACUCCAGUAGUAAACAUUUGCUAAGAGGUUGCUUUCCCUGCCUGCCUUGUUUUCACCACAGUCAUCUAGUGUUUACAUACAUUUUAGCCUCUGUGCCAUUUUUGAAGGCUUUAUUUGUCUCAUUUACGUUUUUGGUUUGGAUAAUACUUAAAUAUGAAAUCCAUCUGGGGAACAUAUUGUAUAUUCAUGUUGAGGGGUAAAACCAGUUUUUAAUUAAAAUUUUAUACAGCACUUGUA